CACCAGCUCUAUAUAAUGAAUCUCUCUCUGUCUUUUAUUUCAAAAACGAAAAAGAGCAAUCAGAGCUCACACACUCUCUCUCUCUCUCUAGCUCCAAUGGGCUUUCCCGUAGGCUACACAGAGGUGUUUCUCCCUAAGCUCUUCAUACAAACGCUUUCGAUACUCAGUUUCAUCAGAACCGUCGUCUUCCAUCUCUUCCGCUUCUUGGGUCUCUCCGGCUUCCUCGAAACGGAUCAAACCUGGCCCGACUACCCAUCUUACCCGACCCGAAUACCCGAACUCCGCUCACCUUUCUCCGCCCUACUAAUCCGCGAGAUCUUACCGGUCAUCAAAUUCGAAGACGUGACGAGCUCCGGCGAAGAUGAUCUACCAGGAAACUGCGCCGUUUGUCUCUACGAGUUCGAAGGAGAGGAAGAGAUCCGAUGGCUGAGAAACUGCAGGCAUAUAUUCCACCGGAGCUGUCUCGACCGUUGGAUGGAUCAUGAUCAGAAGACGUGUCCUCUUUGUAGAACACCGUUUGUUCCAGAUGAGAUGCAACAAGAGUUUAAUCAACGGUUAUGGGCUGCUUCUGGUGUUCAUGACUUCCACAUCGAGUACAGUCCCUUGUCGGAACUUUAGAGAAAGCUACUUUUGUCUCCCUCCCUCCUUGUGUCUUUUUUUUUUUUUUACUUUUCGCCACUGUACUUUUAAGUGUGCUUUUUCACCCUUGCUAACAUUAGAUUUGCCACUUUUAUGUGUAUAUGAAUGAGAGAUGAGCAAUAAACAUAACCAAAUUUAAAUAAAAAA